AUGCCCGGGCUCCCCGCGCUGGGGCUGGGUGGAGAAGGGCUGCCCUGGGCGUGGUGCUGCACCCUGUGGCCAGGCUGCCACCACCGAGCCCUCCUCAUUCAGUCUCCUUCUGUGCAGGCAACCCCCAGCCCCAUCUCAACGGAGCUAAUGGCCACCACCGAGUUCUACUGGGAGGACGAGUACUCGGGGGAGGCCGGCAUGCUGCCCGAGCUCUGCGAGAAGCAGGAAGUGCAGGGCUUUGCCCGCACCUUCCAGCCUGUCGUCUACCUGCUGCUCUCACUGCUGGGCACAGUCGGGAACGGGCUGGUGCUGCUCACACACACCCGCUACCGCCGGGCACACAGCGUCACUGACGUCUGCCUCCUGCACCUCGCCCUGUCUGACCUCCUGCUGCUCCUGACGCUGCCCUUUGCCGUCACUGACACGCUGCAGGGCUGGUCCCCGGGUACGGCCGCCUGCAAGGCGCUGCAGGGUCUCUACGCCCUCAACUUCUACAGCGGCUUCCUCUUCCUCACCUGCAUCAGCGUGGACCGCUACGUGGUCAUUGUGCAGGUGCCGGCCGCCUGCCGCCUGCGCCCGAGGGCUCGCCGGCACGGCUGGCUGACAGCGGGGCUGGCCUGGCUGCUGGCCACGCUGCUGGCACUGCCCCAGUUCAUCUACAGCCAGGCAGAGCAACACCAGGACCUCCGGCUCUGCCGGGUCGUCUUCCCCCAUGUGGUCUCACGGGUGGCCCGGGGGGCCACCAACCUGGUGCAGGUGGUGCUUGGCUUCGUGGUGCCCUUCCUGGUGAUGGCGAGCUGCUACACGGCUGUGGCACGGACGCUGCUGGCGGCCCGUGGUGCCCAGCCCCACCGGGCACUGCGAGUGCUGCUGGCCCUCGUGCUGGUGUUCGUGGCCCUGCAGCUGCCCCACAGCCUGAUGGUGCUGCUGGACGCGGCCGAGCUGCUGGCCAGCUGGGAGGUGAGCUGUGCCCAGAGCCGCCGCAAGGACCUGGCGCUGCUGGUCACGGGCGGGCUGGCGUACCUGCGCUGCUGCCUCAACCCGCUGCUCUAUGCCUUCCUGGGCCAGCGCUUCCGUCGGGAGCUGUGGCUGCUCGCCAGCGAUGCCGGCUGCGUGGGGCCCCUCGAGCCGCGCUGUCCCGGCUGUCCCAGUCCCCGCCGGCGGACAUCGCUCUCCACAUACCUGGAUGUGGUGUAG